CACCGCCGCGCCGGCUCGGCCAGUCUACUGGAAGAUUCCAUUGUGAGAGUGAGCUUUCGAAAAGUUUCGCGGAACCGCCGGCGAGCACCUCGCGGAUUGCCGUCGUCGAGCCACCGGGACGCCCAGACCCAGACGUCUCAUGGACUGAAGUACCGUCCUCGGAGGGAACGCGAGCGUAGGCCACGCAAAUCAGCCUCUGGAAGUUUCGCGAGAGAGAUUCGGUAAAAUAGCGCGUGCGGUAACGAUGUGAAGGAAAAUGUGAUUCGAUCGGCGAUUGCGUGACACGGAAGGAAAAGAGAGGAAUAAACUGUAAUAGCAGAGACUGCGAUAAAGAGCGGGAGAAGCGGAAGAUACGGAGAAGGACGAGCACUGUGUACGAGGUACAAAGCUGGAAGAAAGAAGAGGAGAGAGACGCGCUGCCAUCGAUCGCAUCCGAUCGGGUUAAAACGCCUCUCUCGGCCGAUCGUUUUCUCCGUGGAAGCGUCGACGAUUGCUCUCGCCGCUUCGAGGGAGGAGGGUGGUUCGACGAGGUCGCGAAAUAGGCGAGGGUACCGUCUCUCUGCGAAAAAGAGGAAAGGCGAAUCGGAAGGGGGAGAGAAGAGUGUAGAUAUCCCGCCGGUCCAUCGCGCACUGUUUAUUCUGGGAAUCGAGCCGAGCACCCGAGCGGUCUCGAUACACCCGUGCGAUUGCUCUACGAAAACGAAAGAAGGAUUCCGCAAGGAUCGGACGGAAGGGAAACAACGUGCGCGACGAAAAGAGAGAUGUACCGGGAGCCGAGCAGUUCAUCGGGCAGCGGCGCCUCCACCAAGGGCGACGAAGUCGAGCUCGUCAGUAGAUUCCUGGCGCCGCUCUGCGCCAGAGACGAGGCGGCCAGGAACAUCGCCCUGGCCGCAGCCAGGACCACCGUCGAAGGAUGGCUUGGCGGCGUCGGCAGUCCAAGUCGCUGGGAGGACGCCGGGGACAUCGAGGACACCAAGAGCGCGAGCGGCAAGUUCUCCAGCCAAGACGAGAGAUACGAUAUGAGCGUCGAGCGGUCGCCGACGAGAUCGUCACCGAGGAGCGUGCACCAGCAGCAGCUGCUGCACGACACGUUCCGGACGGAGGGCUUCUUCCCGCAGAGCAUCAAUGACAACCCCGCGUUCCUCGAGGAGAAUCCGGAAUGCUCGUACGACUGCGUGGACGGCCGUCUUCUGAACGAGAGGCGAUUCCGCGAGCGAUACGCCGGCGGCGACGGCGUCGAGAGCUGCAGGUCCGGUCACUCGACGUCCUCGGACGAGGGUAGUAAGAGUUUCAAUGUCGAGGGCAGGUGCCCGCGCUUCGGCUCGAACAGCGAGACCGAGAGGAAGCAUCCUUGUUCGUCGUCGAGCGACAGGUCGACGAGCGACGACUAUUGUCCCGGCAGGGCGAAGAACAAUUACGUGAAGGUGAAGGGCGCCAAGCAGAAGCAGCUGGAAGAUGACGAGCUUGACGCGGACACCCGGGUGUAUGGCAAGAGUCCGAAAUUCGAUGACAACCUGAGCGGACUCGCGUCAUUCGACUGCCGGAGUCUGAAUCGCCGAGCCAAGAUCGCCGCCGGCGGCGACCUGCUAACGCACGAGCAGCGCCGAUACUACGACGGCGGCACCGACGACGACGUCUCCUUCAACGAGAGCGAGGCAGCGCGCAGCGACGGGGUCGUCUUCAACACUCUCGACGGCUUCGAGAACGAGAACGAGCCUUCCUACCGCCAGGACAUGAACCUGGAGAAUCGCGAAUCAGCGGUCUACGAUGACAUACCGGAGGAUUCUCGCCGGGCGCAGCAGGAUUAUUUGCGCAAGAACGAUGAGAGGAAGUUUAGCGCCGGUCAGAUCAAGCGGCCGCUCUCGCAGGACGAAGACGUGUCCUCGAAGAGCGGCCGGGUGCUCGAGAGCCCGGAAGUGACACCCGGCGACGUCGGCAGGCUGCUGAAUCUCGGUAACGCGUUGGACGGACCCAGGCAGGCGCAGGCUAACAAGUAUCUCAGUCUGGUGACGUUGCAUCUGCCGGUGAUACUCAGGCUCAGCGUUAACUGUCCCUUCCAGAACGUCAGGAUCAAGUGCGCGGAGAUCCUCCAGAUGGUGAAGGAGAGAGGCCUUCCAGUACCGGUGCCGGCUUUCGAUGGACCUAGUGCCUUCGUCCCUCUCUCGGAGCUGCCGGAUCUGAACAACCUCGACGAAAAGACGCAUGUCCUGUUGAUGGAUGCUUUCCUACAGAACAACAGGCUGGAUCAUGUUUCGAGGGUAAUGUCCUCACACCCGUCGUAUCUGGACCAUUUCCUUCGGACUCAGCAGUUCAUCCUACGGGGCGACGGUCCGCUUCCUUAUGACUACAGACAUCUCAUUGCCAUUAUGGCUGCGGGCCGGCACCAAUGCAGCUACCUUAUAAACCUGCAGAAGGGAGAGUUCGUUAUUCAGGGCGGUGACCCCUCGUGGCUCCAAGGCCUGAGAUCGAUGCCGGGUAAGCUGCAGGAUCUCUAUGAGAUCAACAAGAUCCUGGCUCACAGACCGUGGCUCCUGAACAAGUCGCACAUCGAGAAAUUGACUAGGGGCGACGAUAAUUGGUCCUUAGCGGAGGUCGUUCAUGCGAUAGUCCUGUUAGCUCACUUCCACUCGUUAUCGUCCUUUGUAUUUUCUUGCGGAAUUAACGAGGAACUGGAUAACAUAGCCGGCCAUUACUACAAGGUGAACAAGGACAAUAGUGGUAACGUACCGCCUGCCAAAGAUAAGCUCGCGAGCAGCCCUAAGAAGAUCCCCAACGGAGACGGCAAGACUGAAAACGUACCGUCGCCGCCGUCGUCGCCGAGCAUAGUCGGCGACCAGGAGGAGGUCGGAGUGGCGACCCUGAUGGAACGUAUGAAGCGUCUCUCGGAGAAGUCCGAGUCCUAUCAGAUCACGCAGGAGGAGCUCUCCAAGAGAUUCGAGACGGUCGAGACGCAAUCGGCCGAGCUGGCAGCGGCGCCGCAGAGGAGCAGCUCGGUCCUCGACUCCGAUAUCGGUCUAUUCAUCGAGGAUCCAACUUUCAUCUACCAGGAUUUCGCCAAGCGCGGCCAGCUGAACGACAUACCGACCUUCCGCGUCCAGGAUUACUCCUGGGACGAUCACGGUUACUCCCUGGUGAACCGCCUGUACAACGACGUCGGCAAUCUCCUCGACGAGAAAUUCAAGACCGCGUACAAUCUGACGUAUUACACUAUGGGCACGCACAACAAGGUCGAUACGUCGCGCUUCAGACGCGCGAUCUGGAACUACAUACAGUGCAUGUUUGGCAUCAGGCACGACGAUUAUGAUUACAACGAGGUGAAUCAAUUGCUCGAGCGUAGCCUCAAAACCUUCAUCAAGAGCGCAGUUUGCUAUCCGGAGCGCGUCACAAAGAGGGAUUACAAUCGCGUCAUGAAGGAGUUCAAGCACAGUGAAAAGGUCCACGUGAACCUGAUGAUCUUAGAGGCUCGCAUGCAAGCGGAACUGCUGUACGCCCUUCGUGCCGUGAUGCGGUAUAUGACCUAAAGCGAAGCUCCACGUCGCUCCCUCGUUUGUCUGCUGUCUGUCAGUCUGCAGUUUGUCGAUUUGUUUUCUCGCGCCACGCUCCAUGCCGUGGACUCGCAGACUUAAUGCGCACGGCAUGGAAGGAACAUGCGAGCGCGAUAUCAUCGAGUCUUGUACAAGAACAUCACACACACACACACACACACAUACACACGCACACAAACACACACACGUGUACGCGCUAUCAUAAGGCCGCUUCAUCGUCGACUCGUAAAUCGCGACGAUAGCGAGUCUUCAUUUUGGAAAAAAGAGGCGAUAACGAAAGAUCGAGAGGAGGAAAAGGAGGAUGCUGAUUGUGGGGGAAAAACAGAAGAUCGUAAUAUUUGGUCACAUUCAGCUGCGAUUCUUCAUCCGACGGCGCCUCAAUGACGAGACCAACCGCGUUCUCGUUCCUCGAGCGGCUCGCGAACACGUCGAUCGCACGUUCCAGUUCGUCUAUUCGCGUGGUACAGCUCGUGGCGAAUGGAGCGCCUCUUCACGUGUUUCUGAGGAGAUCGUAAGGACGGAAGAAGAGAUUGUUGUUUGGAACAGACAAGACAUGACAAGGAGAGGAAGGAUUUAUAAUUUGUUUUGUACAUAGACACUUGUAUUUUUCUACGUUCGACGUUCGUAGCAGACUGUUAUUUGUGCGUUUCGUUUACGUUUCAGAUCUGUUAAAAAAAAAAGUUUGCUCUCGCCUGUUAGAAGCUUUCGAGUCGCGCUUUUAACUUCACACAUACACACCAAUCCACACACAACACACACCCACACACAUACAUGUACGUACACCCUUCUUAUUGCGUUCGCAAUUUCGAUCUUGCGCGCGAUUCGCCGAAGGAAACGCAUCACCGCAAUGCGCACUCAUAUAUUAAGCAGAAGAAAGAAAGAUGCGUAGCUCCGCGCGAACAUCUCGUCUCUUCUUCUCCACCUGUGUAGCUGGCUCGUUGAGAAGUGGAAAAUUUAAUAUCGUAAGGCUAAAUUAAGGAAUCUAAUUAACUUCUAAUUCCGUUGUCGCGAUCCUAUCCGGGAGCCUCCGCGGCUCCCACGUAUCCGAUUUGGCUCGACUUCCCCCGAGUUCCCGUUGGUACGCGCACUCCGCCUCCGGUCAAGAGGAACGCCGGAUUCUUGCGUACGACGCUAACGUCGAGCCAAGAGAGAUCGUCUUUCGCGUCUGUGUAAACGCGUUUUAUCUUCGUUUCAUCCCUGUCCCGCAAAAAGAAAAAAAAACCUGUGAAAGCUAACAUAAGAUUGUACCCACUUACCAAUUUCAUCAUACGCGUGUACCGAGCAAACCUUAGAUUGUAGGACGAUCCCGCGGCCGCGUGCACGCGCUCGUCGCGGUACGCGCGCACGCGACGCGCGGAGAGAAGCAAUGCCUAUCGGCUGUGUUUAUUUACCGAGGGGAUGAUGCGCCGCUGUCGUUUAACCGAGCGCGAGAAGCGUCGCGAACUCAGCUUUAACCCAUGCACCAUCGUAAGCCUAGGGCUGCUUUUCCACCUUGAGAUUAGCAGCGGGAUGCCGCGUUCUCGCGUCGUGCUUCAACGCGAGAGGGGAAAUUCGUUCGGUGUCUCGGGACAGCGAGGAGAAUCCUUAUGCUCUGUACGACGACUCGCGCCUGAAGGAGACGAGAGGCGUAGCUCAGAGAACGCGGCUUGGGAUUAUUAGUUCUGCGUGCGUCACCGAAAGGACCGACCGAGAAUUUUCACGGGAACACCAAUUUCUCGACGCCCGAUAUUACGCGCGCGCGCGAGGGCGCUUAUCAACGAAUUUCAAUGCCUUCGGCGUAGCGUUCUAAUAAAGCACUAUGUAGAAAAGAAAGGAAGAGAGUGAGAGAGAAAGAGAGAAAUCUUGAUAAAGCGAUGGGAGUCGCGACCCACGCCUGACGGAGUCCUGUCCCUUUCUCGGCGAUUGAUUGCGAUCGUGCGGGGACGCCGUUCGUACGGCGUCCGAGUGUUGUGUACGAAGAGGAUCGAGGAGAGGCUGUUUAAACAAAUCAAAUUCUUAUAAUAGAUUGUUAAGGUAUACAGACACGCAACACAAACACACAUACACGUAUUCAUACACGUACAUGCGAAAAACAACGUGGCACAAAAUAUUACACGCGAAAUAUACGUGUUCUGUGAUCGCAUAUAUCUAUAUAUAUGUAUACACACAUACACAUAAAAAAGCGAAUAUAUAUAUAUAUGUAUAUAUAUAGAUACAUAUAUACGCAUAUUUACGAUUAACUCGGCGAAAGAAAGGGAGGGAGAGCGAGAGGGAGAGAGUGCGUAUUUAAGAUGCGCACGUAGCUGGAGGUUUGACGAUUCUACCUGUAACGUUUGUAAUUAGGGUGUCUCUUUAUUAUAUAACUGUGCGCGUGUGUAUGCGUGCGUAUACGCAGGCGCGCUCAAGGACGUGAUAAUCGGUUACUUUGGAAUCGCGAGCUUGUUCUCCGUGAACGAUCCUCUGAUCUCGAUUCAGCGAACGAUCGACUAUAUAAGUGGCGCAAAGUGGGUAAAAAAAAAAGAUCCGCGCCAGAUAAUUGAAGUCGGUGCAAUUUCGAUACAUUACAAUUCGAGUCUUGAAGGUUGCAGAAAUUAAAUUUUUAUUUAUCACAUAUGUAAAUAUGGAAUACGUUCAAUAUGUAUGUAAUAUACGUCCACACACAUAUUACGUAUAUAUUAAAGUUUUCAAUAUUUACGUGUGCACAAUAUUUAUAUGUAAAUGUACAUAUUAUGCAUGUAUGCAUAAAAACUUGUAUUUAAUAUAAUAAUAUCGAGUAAAUUCUCUUAUAAAACAUUAGAAUUCUAUCGUGAUCCUAUUGUAAACGCGCAGUUUUAAAAUCUCGUGGAAAUUGUUUGUAAUUUAUACGUCUAGGACUUGAAUUAAUCACCGCGAAUAACCGACUUCGAUUUCUGGCCGUACUCAUCUAGUCUACUGAUAAACGCUGAAUAAUGCUUGUCACUCUAGUGACGGAUUCCGGUGAAACGAAGUUGUUCCAAAGUAUGAUUGUAGACGCGCGUACGCACGCAAAAGCACGUACGGAUCGUCCGAAUGAUGUAAAAUCAAACGAUUAGUAGCAGCGAGACCUUUCGACCAACAGAGCGACGCGGUUCCUUUUUUUUCUUCUUUUUAUUAGGCGACGCCUCCACAUAUCACCAAGAGUUCAAAAUAGAAAAAAAGAAACGUUUGCGUCGCUUACAGUUCAGCUCGCCGGAAUGGAAGUCGAGUCGACAGAACCAAUCACUUUUUGGCGAUCUUUUUCUCUCUUCGCUUUGUGUAACGUAUCUUGCCGUUGUUUGCGAGUGGUAAUAGAAAAGGGCGUGGCGAAGGAUUUUGCAAUCCGAUGCGACGGACACUCGCUAAUGACAGUAUUUUCAAUUUCUCUCUCUCUUUCUCUCCUUUCUCUUUUUUUUAAAUUAUUUCAUUUUAGGCUUUACUUGGAAACUUUCUUUUUAGCUUCUUCUCUCUUUCAUUUCUAUUUAUCUAUUUAUCUAUUUAUCUCUUUAAUUCUCUCAAUGAAUUAUACGAGUUCGCAAUCGAUAAACUUAGAAAACUCUGGACAGUUUUUCUUUUUUUUCCACAAGGAUGUACAUGUCGAAUCGGCAGGGAUAAAAAUUGUUGAUUAUUAGAUUUGCGCUGUAUCGUUUUUUAAUUAGAUUCGCGAGAGCCCGUGCAGUUGAAACCAAAGAGAUAUGCAAGAAGUAUCAUUGUGAUGAUCCGAAUUUUAGUAAUAUGUUACCUAAUUAUCUAAUGUGUUAACAGAAUCAGAAGAAAACCGUAUUCUACUCAGCACUAAUUACAAAUGUUCGAAAUAUUUUACUCGCGGAUGUUUUAUAAUAUUUGAUCGCCUUACAUGUCCGAAUAUCUGUUGAAAAUCGAGCUUUUCUCGCGUGUUUAGUUUAUAAGUAUCAUGAUUUCCAUUCGUACUGAUUUUACGUAAUUCCGUGUUAAGCGAACGUUGGUACAGAUUUGCGUAUGUAUUCCCGGCGCGAACCACCAAUGAGUGAAUGUUCGUUAAUUACCGUAAUGCCUACGCGUUUUAGAAUAGUUACGUCGCGACGCUCUCAAAAACGAGUAACACCUUCGCCGAAAAUCGCAUCGGCGUAUCGAGAGCGAAUGUUAAUUUUCUGGAUUUUAUAUAAAACUGAUAACAAUGUGUUUUUAAUACAUUUGGAAGAAGAUUACGUAAGAAAUUAGAUUUUACAUAAGAUUUUAUUUUUAUUUAACAUGAUCCGAAAGGAGCUACGUAUUACUCGCACUUUCUUCCUGCUCUUUUUUCCUUUUUCCCCCUUUUUCUCUUUAAAAAAUUUCCAUUUAUUUUUCAUUCGCUUCUCGCGCUUGCAUUAUUUAUUCGACGCUGUCGCUUAUCUAAUCUUUUUUUUUAAAUAACACUUAAAUCUUUUAAACUUUUAUUCCACUUUCGACUGUAACUAAUUCUAUCUCUUUGCUCCCGUUUCUCGCUCAAGUUUUGUCAUCAUUCGUAUUGUUUAUUUUACGCUCGGCGAACGAAAUUUACGUUAUCGAUCGAUGUAGCGAGAGCAGUAACAAAUUGCAACAUGUCCGCGAUAAUCGUAUGCGUGGAUUGAUCUCAUAAUGUAAUAAUCGCGAGACAGAGAGAGAGAGAGAGAGAAAGAGAAUGAGGAGAAGCAAAAAGAGAAAGAAAAAAUACGCGCGAGGCUUGUAGAGGAAAAGAGAAUCGUCGUUGUAACGAGGAGGAUGUUGUAACAAUGACGUCCUGCUCCAGAUCUUUCAUGUUUAUUCUUUUCUUUCGAAAAUUGAGAAAUGCGAGAGAUCCUCGUCGAAGUUGCACGCGAAUUAUAAUUUCGCGAUAAUUCUAAGAGGCACGGUAUCGAAAGAAAAAGCGAGAGAGAGAGAGAGAGAGAUAGAGAGAGAAAGAGAGUGGGAAGAAACAGGUAGAGUAAGGAACGAAAUGCGGAAGAAAUCGAGAUUUUUAUGUAACGAUUAAGUAGGUAAAGGCAGAGUGCGAUCAGACAUCGAGCCAAUAAUGAGACGUCUUUGUGAUGAAAGAUCUCUAAUUGUCACAUAGCAAAACAUAUAAUCGUCACAAACAUCCAUAAGAUUCCUCAGUGAUGCCUUUAUCAUUAAUGGCAUCAUUAAAUAUUUAAAACAUCUAAAUUAUUAAUUAUUUCGACGUUUGCGUUGUCUGGGCUUCGUGUCUGAUCGUGCUGCGCCUUUCGCCUCACUUUUGUUCAUUACUGUUUCUCUCUUGGACACGCGUGGCAGGGCGAGUCGGAAUUUCGAGUCGAGUUGAUGCCUCGGUAAAGUGUAUAGUGAGAAUCCUGGAGGUGGACGAGCACAGAGAAAGGGAGAAAGUGCGGAGAAGAGCAAAGCAAGAUAACGCGCGAUCGGUGAAGUUUUAAGAGACCGUCUCACGGUAAAAAGAAGGGGCAUAUAUGUGUGUAUAUGUAUAUAUAUGUGUUGAAUCGGCUCUAAACUCGUCGUCCAAUUGUCUCGAAUGAGUGCAAGCUCCCAGAGAGUGCGAGAGUAAGAGAGAGAGAGAGAGAGAGAGAGAGAGAAAGAGAGUAAGUGAGAGUGAAAGAGUUAGGGAGAGAAAUGCACAGCUGUGCAUAGCUGAAUGAUGGUCCACCUCCGAAAGUCACAAAAAGCAUAUUAAAAUAGUACAUGCCACCGUAUCGGGAAUGAUUGUGUGAUAAUUACAAGUGAUUUGACUAGGCCCCCUCCCCCCUUUUGGAUAAUCAAGCGGAUUAUUAUCAUCGAGGGUGUUGUUUUUUUUCUCGAUUGCACAUCGACACUUCCGGUGAUCGGAGAUCUAGAGCGUUGAAAAGGCAAGGACACUUUUUCUCAUUUCACGCUCUGGAUUCAAAUCCCGAGCUGUCGAGACGCGGCUGAGGAAGACAUCCCUUGUAGUAGUAAUCCACCGGUUUCACCGACGAGGAAGAGAUUCCGGGAGAGUUGUGUCAGAUGGAAUUCCUUGCUUUGCGAAGCUCGCUGUAACAUCUCGGUCAUGUUGAUUCGAUUAAGCUUCGCGGUCGAAGCCUAGUCUUAUCAUGGAUCGACGCGAGCUCGCGAUCUCUCGAAGAGAUUCAUUUGGGAAUUCUCACUGCUUUGCGCAUAUUCGUCGACGACGAGCGAGUCGUCGAUUCCGUCGUCUAUCUGCUUACGUGUAAGACUCGAACGACCGCCGCCGUACGCGCGGCCGGGGGAGGGGGUCGUAUAUGAUGUGAUUUCUUUUAUAUCAUAACAAAUAAUGAAACACUAAGAAAUAUUAUAGUUUCAUAUAAGUGAGAUAUGUUAUUUGUCAUUUAUUUUAUCCCUUAAUAAAUGAUGUUAUAUAAAAAA